GCAGAAAUUCCAGUUCGCCGAAAUUUCGGUGCCAUGCGCGCCGGGGGAAGUCAAUUGACAAGCCGCUAAUUAUACAUCACCCGAAUCCAACAGGACAGACUUUUUGCAAAAACCUGUGGACCGGGGAAUUGGAGGAGAAACAAAGUCAACCUUCAUCUGGCAAUCCUUCCUUCGAAUUUUGUCGGUUGCAUCUUCGGGACGCUAUCAUUUGACAAUGCAGAGGCUUCGCGCCCGCGACCUUCGGGCCGUCGACCUCUAUCGGACAGUCAAGUCCAACCUGGACACCAAAUUCGUUCUGCCUGGCAUGCCGCCCGGCAGGGAACAUCGGCAGGUUCCUCCUCCGUGGCUUCAGGCGAUGCAGAAGAUCCCACCUUCUGAAAUUCUUACGAGGCCGAUUCCGAUUCAACACCAAAAGCCGAAUCCCAAGGCCAGGAAGCCCAAGAACAUCUUUAGACCGCAAAAGAUUGUUUACGAGGAAGAUGAACUACGAGCGACCUUCUACCGAGACCACCCAUGGGAGCUUGCGCGGCCAAGGGUGAUUCUCGAAAUUGACGGCAGGGACUCGUACUACUGCGACUGGAGCAAGGGAUUGGAACAGCCUAGCAUCCCUCUGUCCGGUGAGAGUGUGGUGCAACGUCAACUAUGGCUGAUGCACAACGAAGGCAUGGCGAAGGAAAAAGCAUAUGACCUUGUCCGGCGGGAGUUCUACGCGUUGAGGCAAGAGGAAGAGGUGGAGAGGAGAAUAGCACAAGAAGAAGCCCGUAUGGUGGGUGCGUACUUUGGCAAGAACCGUCUGCAGAUCGGUACUGCCCUGGAAGACCACGAGUACGAGAGGUGGAAGGGUUGGGCCACUUCCGAGCUGGCCAAGGCCGAGGCUGAGCGUGAAAACGCAAUGCCUGUUUACGGAGGAAAGGCGAAGGAUGCAGAGGCGUCCAUUGACGACGCCAUGUUUGAGGUCGGCUUGGAUUCGGUUUUGCAAGAGAAAAAAGCAUAGACUGGUGUACGAAAAGGGAUUGACAAGAGGUAUACGCCGACUAAUUUGGGAGGGGUGUAUUGUAAGACCAGCAAUUGUGUAUAACUUCA